AUGGUAAAUCAAAAUAUUUUAUUAACAAUAGUAUUCUUAAUAAUAGCCAAUAACUGCCGCGUUUAUAGUCGGGCAUUAACAUAUGCAGAACAACAAAUUCAAUUUUGUAUAAAUCAAGAUGGUACACGACAACCACUGAUUAUUGAUACGGAUUCAGAUGUUGAUGAUUUAUGGGCAAUUCAUUAUGUUCUUAAUGUACCAACAAUUGAUCUUCUUGCACUGACGACUGUUGGCGAUGGAUACACGAAACCGUUGUAUUCAGGAUCGAAUGUUCUUACUUUUCUUGAUCUAAUUGGUUGCUCAAAUGGUGUUGGAGUCGGCUUUGGAGCGACUCUUCCGUUAAUAUCCGCUGGUUUUCAAAUUUCACCAGCAUUAUUAGAUGCACUGGAUACAUAUAUAACGUCACCGACUUUACCCGUCGAUAUAUUGGUUCUUGGAACAAUGACUAAUCUUGCUACAGCUAUCUCUGAAGAUCGAUCCAUUGUAUCAAAAAUAGGAACACUUUAUUUUUCUGGUGGUCAAUUCAAACCAUUAAGUAAUUUUUCUUCUUUAAUGCCAAAUUUGACAAUAUUUAAUUAUCUGUAUGAUACUGAGACGUUACCCGGUAAUCCAAACGCUUACUUGGAUAUAUUUGCUAUGCAACGUGUUGCUACGAGUGGAAUCAAACAUAUUGUUGCUAUGCCAGGAAGCACACAAAACACACUGCCAGUCAAUCUGACCCAAUUGUUCGAAACUCUAAAAAGAAUGAAUAUUACAUUAAAACCAUUCGUACUGAAUUUUAUAUCAUCACUUGCAAAAUGUCAAAAUGCAGCUGAGUCUGAUAUGAAGUGGUGGGAUAACAGUGCCGCUCAAUUUAUGGUACAAAUGCAAACAAACAAUAGCCAAGGAUUUUGUCGACAAACAAAAAAUGUUCAAUCUCUUUAUAUUAUGUCGGCUGAUGCUCAUCAAUUCUAUGGUCAAGGCGUCAUUGAUACGGAUAUGCUUUUACCAAACGCUAGUGGAUUAGUAAAUUAUACAAUAUGUACACAAGCUGAUUCAAGCAUAUUUUUAGUUGAGUUUUUAACUACAAUCAACUCAGAAAAACUUUAUUCAUGUCAACAUCAAUAUAGUCAACGAUUUGAUAUUCGUUUACAACAAUGUAUGUUAAAAUACGACAGUGCUGUGCAACCAACAAAUAUGGCAAAGACAAAUCAUUUUCUAACACCUUUCUUUCUUUCGGUUUAUUUAUUUUUAUAUGUUACCUAUUUUCUAGCUUGA